AAUUGUAGCGAAAACAGAUUGCCAGAACUUGUAAUACAGGUAAACUCAUAGGACUGUGCUGACUGGGAACUAGAUGGAUACCGUUAAUCAUGCUCAGGACGAUCUAUUAAAAGUCAGGUUUUGAUUUGAAAGCACCACAGAGAGGUUUAUCAAUACGUGACGCAUUUAAUAUUGUCUUGUUUUUUUCCUGGCGAUUUUCCCAAAUCUGCCUGUGCCACUUUCUUACUGUUUCGCUGGAUACGCGUACGCGUUUGUGCAAGGACAAUGACUCAUUUGCAAGCAGGCCUAUCUCCGGAGACGCUGGAGAAAGCCAAGGUGGAGUUAAAAGAGAACCCAGACACUUUACAUCAGGAUAUACAGGAGGUGAGGGACAUGAUCAUCACCCGACCAGACAUUGGCUUUCUCAGGACAGACGAUGCGUUCAUUCUAAGGUUUCUCCGAGCGCGGAAAUUUAAUCAUUUCGAGGCGUUCCGCCUCCUGGCCCAGUAUUUCGAGUAUCGCCAGCAGAAUCUGGAUAUGUUCAAAAACUUGAAAGCAACCGACCCGGGAAUAAAGCAAGCUCUCAAGGAUGGCUUUCCGGGGGUGCUCUCCAACUUGGACCGAUAUGGCAGGAAAAUUCUGGUCUUGUUCGCCGCCAACUGGGAUCAGAGCAGGUACACGUUUGUGGAUAUUUUGAGAGCAAUCCUGCUCUCACUGGAGGCCAUGAUUGAGGACCCAGAGCUCCAGGUCAACGGAUUUGUCUUGAUCAUCGACUGGAGUAACUUCACGUUCAAGCAGGCCUCUAAGCUCACGCCAAGCAUGCUCCGGCUGGCCAUAGAGGGACUGCAGGACAGCUUCCCAGCCAGGUUUGGCGGCAUCCACUUUGUGAACCAGCCGUGGUACAUUCACGCCCUCUACACCGUCAUACGACCUUUCCUGAAGGACAAAACGAGGAAAAGGAUCUUCAUGCACGGCAACAACCUGAACAGCCUGCACCAGCUGAUCGUGCCCGAGAUCCUGCCCUCGGAGCUGGGGGGCAUGCUGCCCCCCUACGACAUGGGCACCUGGGCGCGCACCUUGCUGGAGCACGCCUACGACGAGGAGAGCGACUACUGCCCCGAGUCCUACACGCUGUCCGUCAAGGACCUGGAGAAAGACCUGUCCCCCAAAACCAUGAAGAGGUCCCAGUCGGUGGUGGAGCCUGGCGUGCUCAAACGGCCGGAGAAGGUGAAGAGCGAGGAAGAGAACAUGCAGCCGCUUCUCUCUCUGGACUAA